AGAGCAACGUCAACUUCCUCAGUCUGCGUAGAGCGGUUUAGAGCAGUUAUUAGAUGGUACACUUUUAGAUCUAUUUUUAGCUAUUAAAAUGGAUCUGGUUCUGUAUAUUGGAGCUGCAUGUAUUCUGCUCAUACUUAUAGUGUUUGCUGUGAAAGUUCGUGGACGGACGGAAGAAGCAGCGGACCUUGAAGACCAUCAGAAUGUCAUGGCUCGAGUGGCAGCACGUCCGCAGGUGGCAGAAGAGCGGGCAGCUGGGAUGCCCCGUCGCCGUAGAAACCUUCAGAGCAGAAUAAGUGCCCAACAACGAGCUCAGCGGGAUCCAUCAGACAACGAGGACAGUCCUGUGGAACCUGAUGAGAAUCAAGAGGACAGACAAGCAUCUGAAGAACGUCCUCAGGCUGCUGGAAAAGUUGGAGCAAAGAAACAGAGGAAGCUGGAGGAGAAACAGGCGCGGAGAUCUCAGAGAGAGGCUGAGCUGGAGGAACGAGAGGAGAGGAAGAGGAUGCAGGAACUCCGAGAACAAGAGAGACAGAAAGAAGAUGAGAAGGAGAGACUGCAAGAGCAGAAACAGGAGGAAGAGUUACAGCGAGCCAAAGAGGAGCAGGAGAGGAGAGAGGAGGAGGAGUACCAGAGGCUGAAGGAGUCGUUCGUGAUUGAGGAACAGGGGGAGGCAGAGGAGCUCACAGAAAAUGAGUCUCGCAGCCUGCUGCAAGAGUUCAUCCAAUAUGUCAAGACAUCUAAAGUGGUUUUGCUGGAGGACUUGGCAUCACACUUCAGCAUGCGCACACAGGAUGCUAUUGCCAGACUUCAAGACUUAAUCGCAGACGGCUCCCUUACAGGGGUGAUCGAUGACAGAGGGAAGUUUAUUUUCAUCACGCCAGAGGAGCUGAAUGCUGUGGCUCAGUUUAUCAAACAGAGAGGAAGAAUCUCCAUCUCAGAACUCGCACAAGCCAGUAACACUCUCAUAAACCUCACGCCUGAGAUACAGAGUAACGCGUGAGAUUAAAUACUGUUGGACCCGGUGCGAGGGACAUCUGAACCUAAAAUGAAAGUUGUCUUUGUAAAGUCCUGUAAAUAAAGUGGGAUGCUAUUCA